ACGAUGUUAUCGUUUAUUUAGGCUUGCUUGGACUCUGGAUUUUUUUAUGUAGUCAAUCAUGGUAUCAGCCCAGAAUUUAUGGAUGAGGUCUUUUCUCAAAGCAAAAGGUUCUUUAGUCUACCACUUGAUGAAAAGAUGAAGCUUCUCAGGAAUGAAAAAAACCGUGGUUACACUCCUCUUCUAGAUCAGCAUCUGGAUCCUGCCAACCAGAUACAUGGAGAUUAUAAAGAAGGAUAUUCCAUUGGUGUGGAAGUACCAGAAGAUGAUCCUCAAGCCGAAAAACCACUUCAUGGACCAAACUUGUGGCCUACAGCAGAUAUUUUGCCUGGAUGGAGAGAAACUAUGGAGAGAUACCACCGCGAAGCACUUGAGGUUGCAAGGGCAGUUGCUAGAAUUAUAGCCCUAGCACUUGACCUGGAUGGAAACUUUUUUGAUCAAUCAGAAAUGCUAGGCAAUCCUAUUGCAACUUUGCGGCUGCUACAUUAUGAAGGUAAAAUCUCUGAACCAGAGAGAGGAAUAUAUGGUGCAGGUGCCCACAGUGACUUUGGCUUGCUUACCUUGUUAGCCACAGAUGAUGUCACUGGUCUUCAGAUAUGCAAGGACAAGCAUGUUGAGCCUCAGAUUUGGGAAUACGUGUCACCAGUAAAAGGAGCAUUUAUUGUGAAUCUUGGAGAUUUACUGGAGCGCUGGAGCAAUUGUUCUUUCAGGUCAACACUACAUCGAGUCUUGGUUGGCGGUCAAGAAAGAUAUUCUGUACCCACCCGUCACAUGUGGAGCUUACUUGAUGCAGAGAUAUGAAGAUACGCAUGUUGAUCUGAGCUCCUAGGAUAGUUCGACCCUUGAUUGGCAAGGCAUCAGUUGUUUCAUGUAACGGAUGGUGGAUAAACAUUCUAUCAGUUGGUUUUUUUUUUUUUUUUUUUUUUUUUUUUUUUUUUUUGCGGGUGGCAGGCUCCGUUUUUUUCUCUUUUUUUUGUGGUAAAAGUAGAAGUUUAUUUUAGAAAGUA